UUUUACGAAAUAGUUGAAAAACGGCAGAGUGGUUUGUGUAAACCAUAGAUCGUUAGUGAAGUACACGCAUUCCUUUCCUUCGAAACUGCUGAAUAGUUAAUCAUCACGCUGAAACCACACCUCCACCUGUUAUACAAACCCCAACACAACGGAACGGAAUUUUGCAAGUCACAGUUAUAUCUUUUUUCAUGAAAGUAAAGGAAAAUGUCAAAAGAAGUUCACCUAGCGCAAGGAAGAACAUUCUUUUCAAAUAAAACUAAGAUUCAAUUUUAAUUACAAACUUCUGAACAAUAGAAAUCAUCGUAAAAGCUAACAGCAAAAGCUAAUAAAACUAGAUAAGAGUUUAACAGGGACGUUCAGUUAUUUGAAGAGCAUGUCAAGACCUUUUCAAAAUGAUUCCCGAAUUCUUAACAUGAAAAAAUAAGCAUCAUUACGAAAAAAGAAAGAAAUAACACAAAGCAAGAGAGAACAAAUGACCAGAGAGUAGAACAGGAAAUUGGGAUUUAUUGAAGAGCAGAUCAGUCACUCGUCAGGGAUCGGAGCGAAAGGACUGCGUUUGUCUCUCGUGAAGAAUUUUUUAGUUAUAAUCCGAAAUAAUGUCUCAACUCGACAAAAUUGCUGAUAAUAUUGUCAAGAAAGCUGAUUCUAAGGAGGAUGUGAAGAUGAGCAGCUUCUGGGCGGAAGGAGGCUGUGUCCUCUUCUUCAUGCGGCGGUUUGGAUGAAUGUUCUGCCGUGUGGGAGCCAAAGAGCUUAGUCUCUUGGCCCCACAGCUCGCCCAGGCUGGUGUGAGGCUCAUCGGCAUUGGCCUGGAGGAAUUAGGGGUUGAGGAGUUCAUCGAGGGGAAGUUCUUUGAUGGAGAAUUAUAUAUCGACACAGAUAAGAAAAACUACAAAGCCCUUAAUUUCCGAAACCUCAGUGUUCUUGCCCUGAUUCCAGCUCUAGUAGCCAAAGUAGCCAGGGAUACAGUACGAAAGGCCAAACAAUUGGGGAUAUCAGGAGAUAUGAAGGGUGACAAAAUGCAGACUGGAGGAUUGCUUGUGGUGUCACCUAAAGGCGAGAAAGUAUUGUAUGAGUUUAAACAAGAAAAUCCAGCUGACCAUGCAGAGAAUGCAGCAAUUUUAAAAGCCCUUGGCUUAGAAGCAGGGGAAACCGCUGUUGAAGGAGAAAAGAAAGAUAGCGUGAACGUAACAGACUUGGAGUGUGAAGAAGUGUGUGCUAUGCCAGCUAAGAAGUAAACUAAUGUUUGGGACUGCCAUGUACUCUCUGCAAUGUGUAUGACUGUUGCAACUGGUUUUCAGUCUUUUGUAUUGCAUGUCAGAAUGUUUACCACUUUGCUGAAUUCCAUAUUGAAAUAGGAGAUACUAAGUAUUAAAGAUGUUUGAUAUAUCUUCUUCCCAACAAGGACUACAGACAUGAAUAGUUUGAUUUAAAAUAAUUUGCCUCCCUAAAAAAAAAUUCAACAUUGGUAUUUCAUAAGUGCUCAUAUUCAUUCCAAAUUUAUAGGGGACAAAGAUCAGCAAAACAUGUUGCACAUGUUUACUGUGCCUUUUUUUUAAUGAUAAUGAAAAAUAUAUAUAAACUUUAUUUUUAUAGCAUGAUGCUGCUUUUAAGGAUAGUUUAUCAUUAGGUCAUUAAUCAAAGCUGGAGAUACCUUUUGAUAUGUAAAAAAACAACAAUAUGCCCCUUUACUUUUGAAGCUUAAUAGAUUUGUAUAAUUUCAAGUCUGCCACAGAUUAGCCUACAUGUAUAGUUAUCAGUGUCUUCUAAUGAACAAUUUGGAAAACUACUUAAGUGAGAUAUCAUAUGUUUUCAUGAAAAUGCACAAGAAUGAAUAGAUAGUGCCAUUUGAGGAUGUAGAAUGAUUGCUAGAAUCUUUGUCAUACUUUAACACUCAGGAACUAACAAUAACUUUAUUAAAAUAUUAACAUAUGGCAGAUCUCAUUAAUUUAAAUGUUCAGCUUGAUUAGACUUGUCACAAACUUUAUUAUCAUAAUGAUUUGCAUUUUUUUUACGUCAUGAAUAAUUGUAUGGAUGUAUUCUUCAUGUUCCAGAAGCAUAUUCUGCAUUUUAUAUAUAUUUAUACUGGCUUUGAUGAAUGAAGUCUUGUGUAUAAAUGAAAUAGUCAGGACACAAGAUGGAUGUGUAGAAAGCCAUUGUUUAUAUGUGUGAAUUAAGCAUGGAAGAGCUUCUGUGUACAUGAUCCAAUGUUGCACAUAAACAGUUGAAAGAAA